AAGUUUCUCGAAGAUCCCGCCGUAAAGGACGCUCCUCUGGAUAAGAAGAAGGCAUUCCUGCUAUCUAAGAAUGUCUCGGAAGACAUGAUAUCCCAGGUCUUGGGGUCUAUAGAUGCACAAGACGCGACCGACACAGAUGGAUCUAAAGAGGCAGCACGACAAGAGUUCGAAGCGAGCAAGGCUGAACCUAGCACCGAUGGCUCGACCGAAGCUGCGAAACAGGAGUUCGAUGCCAGUAAGAAGUCUCCACAACCUCCGAGCUACCGUAGAGAUGUUCCACCUAUCAUCACAUAUCCAGAGUUCCUUGUCCAGCCUCAAAAGCCACCACCACUUGUCACUGUGAGCCGCCUCAUAAACGCUACAUACAUAGCUGGAGCCUUGACUGCUUCUGCCUAUGCUCUAUCCAAAUACAUUAUCGCUCCCAUGGCCGAAAAUUUGAAUGACGCUCGCCACGAUUUGUUCGAACAUACAACUGAUCAUGUUACCGAAUUCAACGACAAACUGUCCAAGCUGGUAUCGACUGUUCCCUCAUCAGCAAAAUCACUACCACAAACACCUGCCGAAUUUGCUGAUUUCGACAACGAAAGCAUCACCUCCGAUCCUACCGAACUCUUUCAUCGUGACGUCGGAACUCAGACCUCGCCAUCCCUGUCCCGUCGUCCUAGUGUGGCUUCAGAUAUUGAAGUCAUCAGACCAGACACAGUGCCGCUCAAGCAGACCAAUCGUCUUGAAAUCAUGAAAUCACAUAUCUCGGAGAUAUUAGAAGCAUCUGAGAGCAACGGUGCGAGUAACCAGACCUUGCAAGAGAGCAUAUCCGAAACAAGACACUACCUUGAUGGUCUCUACUACACACCACCAUCUUAUUCAUGGAACGCAGACAACUCUCUCAACACGUCAGGUACCUCUAAGGACAAACAGCCUGAUGCUGCUGUCGCCUUGAAGGCAGAGAUUAGGGGCGUGAAGGGCGUUUUGCUCAGUGCGAAAAGGUUCCCCUCAGGC